AGUGAAUUAGAAUUACACUGAAAACAUGUCUACUGAAAGACAUAACUGUUAUCACAGUCUCUAGGGAGACUAGCACGCUCUGUGUAUGCUUGCGCACAGUGCGCGUGCUCUUGCUUCUGCAGUUUAUAAAGCAACUCGCUGUUUGACAUUUCUACCUGCAGGCUUAUGGACUGUUUCGUAUUUAUAAACAAACACGCUUGAACGCUUACGCAGGGGUGGUAAAUAACCCUGAUUGGCAUCCUAAUGCGAGACUAGAAACUUGACACCUGACGCGCGGCACAGAUCAGAAUGCAUCAAACAUCCAUGGCGAAGAGAACUACUUCUAAUCGCCUUCCGCAUUGCUGGACACCUAAUACGGGGACAUAGAGCUGACAUAAUCUCCAAGCCAUCCUAAAUUUGUGGUUCUGCAAAUGGAAAGGCACGGCAUGUGUAGUAAGGUGUGGACUCCUCACCCGCUACUUGUGCUAUUUGGUAGAGGUCGUAUGCAGAAAGGGCGGACUCAUGCGCAACGUCAGUGCGCUCGAACCCUUGAAUCUAUUUAAACUGGCCGCAGUCUCCAUCGAGGGCAAUUCACAUGCGGCUGCACAUCUGUAGUGCAAGUGUACAAGCUUGUUUCCAAUAAACAGUCAGAUCUCUUUGGAGACAUUCUAGGAUCAAAAUAGCGCGUAACGAUGGAAAUCAAUGGCUGGCUUAAAGUCUCGUAAAAUUUUCAAGAUUUUUCAAUGUUCUGGGGACUUCGCAUUAUCAUUUAAUGGUUCAGAUUGUUUCAAGUUGUGUGGAUUCGAUCGGCACGGCUGGGAUCCGAGUGUUGUCUUCUUCACCGGAGGAGUAAUUAAUUUAUUCCCUGGUCACAUUUAAUUAAAAGUAUUCCACCAGACGCCUAGUAGUCUACUGCUCCUUUCGGCUUUCGCCAUCAACUCCCUGAAAAGAAGUCCUGAUGUCUUCAUUUGACUCCUUGCAGUUGUUGAUGGUAGUUCUCUAUCAGGUUUCCUCCGUGGAUCGUAGCAUCCUGUUAUUGGGCAACUCGAUUUUGACAGAGCAGUCCGUCGCGCACUGACCCGGGACUACAGAAGCCGCGGAUCGGUGUGUGCGUUGGAGACCGAACUGAUUGCCGUACCAGCGGCUAAUUUCAAGGUAUUGGCGUACAGCGCUGAACUGGUAGUGGAUUCUAUGAAUGGGUGUGGAUUUUCUUCCUCUACGACACAGUUUGCUCGCUGGAUAUAUAUAUCAUAGAUCUUUUUGGAUCAUUUCAUGCACCAUUGUUGACCUCUUUUGGAUCUUAGAACGAUUUCAGCAAAGGGUCUGCAUGGGCCGGAUUUAAGAUUCCUUCUGAGGAACUGAGUCUAAAAUGAAGUUAUGGGAUGUUCUGGCCACGUGUCUCUUGCUCCUGACCUCCGUCUCCACGCGCCCCAUCUUUCCAAAGCUGCAGCCCGUCAAGAGGCCUCCUGUCGUGGGCUUGCAUCGUGACUCUGCUGCCCUGUCUGUGGAGGACUCUCUCAUACACCCCUACUCCCAUCCAGAGCGCCUGCACAAAACCUCCAUGGAGCAACAAUAUGAACUUGAAGGCCCAUACCCUGAUCAGUUUGAUGACGUUAUGGACUUCAUUGAGGCCACCAUCGGUAGAUUACGCCGCUCUCUAAGAGUCGAUGGAAGUUCCCAGAGCCGGAGUGGGAGACAGAGACAGAGUGGAUCGCCAGGCACGGACAAGGGGGACAGGGGGGACAGGGGGGGCAGGAAGGGCCGAGGGGGGCAGAGGAGGAGAGGCCAGGGUCGGAAGGGCGGCCGCUCGGGGAAGGGUGGCCGGGAGGAGCAACGGACCGCGACAGUGGGCCGAGGGUGCCUGCUCCGUGAGGUCCACCUCAAUGUAACGGACCUCGGGCUGGGCUACCAGACCAAGGAGGAACUUAUCUUCAGGUACUGCAGCGGACCCUGCUCGGACGCGGAGACCAACUAUGACAAGAUUCUGAACAAUCUGACCAACAACAAAAAGUUGGACAAGGAGAAGCCCUCUCGGGUUUGCUGUCGCCCAAUCGCCUUUGAUGACGACCUCUCUUUCUUAGACAACAACCUAGAAUACCACAUUCUGAAGAAGCAUUCCGCCCGGAAAUGUGGUUGUGUGUGACAAAAACAGAGAGAGAAAGGACAAAAAAGAAAGACAGAGCGCCCAGUGGACUUCACUCAAAGGGGUGUCCACUGCAGGUGCCAUGGCCAGUGCAUACAGAGAGACCUCAUGUGUAGAAGCCGAGCUUGGGCAAAAUGGUGGUGUGGACGUUGGCCAGUUCCUGAACAGGUGGAGUGCAGGGAAUCUCCUGUGAUCGUCCAUGCAGACUGAGAAUCACAUUUGAUACAGUGUGACAAGUCAUGCAGGUACAAGUCAAGGUCAAAACCUCAGUGUUCAUUCAUGUAAACUUACACAACUCACUAACUCACACUUAACAGUCUGGCAAGAAAGACAAGGUAAUGCAUGACACCUCCUAAGAAAUAGCAUAACACUAAGACUCACACCGCAAACAAACACACACACACACACACACACACACACACACACACACACACACACACACAGUCAUUCUGUUACCCAACUUUGCUGCUUUAGUUCAAGCCCUUCAGGAUAGAGAGCAGAACUGCGGACGCAUUGUUUGUGCUACAUGGGGUUCUUUGGUUGCCGAAGAACUGCUCCAAUCACUAUGUGGCAAAUGCCUCUUAACGUUUACAUUCAGUAAGGAGUCAUUCACCCUGGCCCAGGAGCAGCAACAGAUGUUUUUUUAAG